AUGAAAGUCUCGACUCUCUUAACAUGGGGCACGGUCCUCUCCUUGGCCUCCGCACAAACCUGUAAUGUUCUGUCAUACACUUACGCUGCUCCGGUUAUGGCGGCAGGAUACCGUUCUCAGCUCGUAGCGACGGGGUUGAGAACUCCGCGUGCGAUUGUGUUUGAUAGUUCUGGAUAUCUGUUGGUUGCGGAGCGUGGAGCUGGUAUUUCGAGGUUUCAGGUUGGAAGUUGUGGGACAUUGUUGAAUAGGCAGUUGAUUCUUAGUGAUACUACGUUGAAUCACGGUCUUACACUUUCUGCGGAUGGAAGGACAUUAUUUGCCAGUUCGUCGACUACUGCUUUCUCCUGGUCGUACGAUCCCUCCUCCGGUGCAACCUCGAACAAACGUACCUUGGUAACAGGUAUGGGUGCCGGCCCAAGUGGUCAUACAACUCGUACUCUCUACGCCUCUAUCAAGAACCCCGAUCUUCUCUUGAUCUCCUGGGGCUCAGACGGAAACUUUGACUGGGGUGCCUCAAAUAUCAACAGUGGAAGAAGUCAGAUUAGAGGGUAUAGCAUCAGCCAAGUUUCAAACAAUCCUGUUGCGUUUAAUCAAGGCGGUACUAUCUUCGGUUGGGGUUUGAGGAAUAGUGUUGGUAUUGGAGAGGAUCCUGCUGGUGGUAUCUGGUCCGUCGAAAACUCUGCCGACAACAUCGUCCGCAACGGCCAAGACGUCCAUAACAACAACCCAGGCGAAGAACUAAACUACCACGGUCUAGCCACCGAUAAUUCCCAACGCGGGAACUACGGCUACCCAGAAUGUCUCGCAGUCUGGCAAGUCUCCGACCUCCCCAAUAACGGGGGUCUCACCACUGGCCGCCAAUUCAGUAACAUGACGAGCUCAGUAACAGACGCAGUCUGUGCUUCUUCCCGUCAAAACCCACGUAUAACAUUCCCAUCCCAUACCGCCCCUCUCGACGUAAAAUUCGACGCACAAGGUAAUGCGUGGGUUUCCUUCCACGGUUCAUGGAACAGGAGCCCCCCGGAUGGUUAUCGAGUCUCCGUUAUUCCCUUCGGAAGUAACAACCAACCGGUCGCAAGCUUUGAUUCGAUGACGGGGUAUCGUGAUAUCAUGACAAACCCGGAUAAUUCGAGAUGUCCAAGCAGUUGUUUUAGACCAACCGGAUUGGCAUUCGAUGCUGCGGGAAGAUUGUUCGUUAGCUCCGAUUCCACUGGAGAGAUUUAUUUGAUUGAGAAUACGAAUCCUGUUACGACUACUACUAGCAGGACUACGACGUUGAUUACUACUACGAGAACAACUACACCGGUUACGACUACCAGGACGACUACACCUAUCACAACUACGAGAACUACUACACCCAGCACAACAGCAUCGAGAACCACGACUGCUGGAGCGGCUCAACCAACAUGGGGACAAUGUGGUGGUAUUGGAUGGACCGGUCCUACCGAGUGUGUUUCCGGGACUACCUGUAAAGCUUUGAAUCCUUACUACUCCCAGUGUCUCGCGUAG